AUGGUCGAGAUCCCCGGCCCUCUCCCUGCUCGCCCUCCGACUCCUCCUAGGCCGGGCUCCCGAACCGACGACGACGAGCAGCAACCUGCAAGGCUUCUGCUAACUCCAGAAGCCUCGGCGCACACUCCCAAUACGACAAGGAUUCCUCCAUCGAGUCACGGUUCCAAAAGAGUCAACUUCUCACCAUGGCUGCACACCGUCAUCGGAUCGCCCAAGCCAAACUCGGACAGCAGACACCCGGAAAAGACGAAGUCAGGCCCAGCGCAUCCUCGGAGCAGUACGGAACUCGAAGGGAGGCCUUUCAAAUCGAUCCUCAAGGAAACAAGCUCUCCAAUACCUGCAUGGUCACCGAAUGUCAAUAAAUUCACCACCCAAUCCAUCGACAUGCUGCUGGAAUCAGUAGUCCAGCAAUUGACGGGAGAGAGUAUUUCCUCCCGCCUAGAUGCAUACAUGAACUUGUUCAAUGCUUUGCGAACAUACGACACUCUACCUGGGGGUAAAGAAAUUGGGGACAAGUUGGGCUUGAUAACGGAGUUCAUUCAGCGCGAUGUGACUCGCGAUCUCAUACACGGCACUCCGAUGGACACAACAAUCGCGAAUCAAGCCUUGAAGCUCGCGGCUGCUUUUAUAUGGCAACCGGACAUUUCUACGCAAGUAUCCGAGGACUUCAAGAUCUUCCUAGUGGAGCACGCGAUCACCUCGCUUCAGGAGAGUAAAGCUGCCAAAUCCGUCCUCACCCAUUACUUGUCCAUUCUCUCUACGCAAAACUUCAGUCCAAAAAUCAUGACGGCCUCGCGGGUGACGCGUCUUCUCACUGCGCUCAAAGAUUUAAGCAAUCACGUUUCUGGCAAAGCCAUCUCGUUCCAUCGGUUAAGCAUUUACCAACGGCUUCUCACCCAAUUUAAGUCUUUGUUCAUUCAACAUUCCGCAUUAUGGAUCGAACAUCUCGUCUCUGGCCUGCUCCAUUCAAAUAAAGACACUCGAGUCAAAGCCAUUGCGCUGGGCUUUCAAAUUUCCGCGGUUGCCGGCCCUACAACUUUGCUCUCCGACACCGUUAAGCAACUCUUCGAUCGGCCCCUGGAAGGGAAACGCAAAUUAGUGACUGAGAUCAAGGAAAGGAUGUCACGCAUGGUCGCUGCUCUCGAAACCGGCAUCCAUGUCCCGCAAAUUUGGAGUAUCAUAGUUCUGCUAUUGCGAAGUAAAAAGCGGACUCUCGAUCAGUGGGUCCAUUUCAAGGAGUGGGUUCUUGUUCUUCAAAAGUGCUUUAAUUGCAGUGAAUCAGCCAUCAAAGCUCAAGCCAUCGUGGGUUGGAACCGCUUUAUCUACGCUGUGAGUCCCAAUGAGAAUACGAGCCGUUCGUUGCUGAAGAUGUUGGGUAAGCCUGUCUUCUCGCAAUUCGAACGCAAGAAGUCCGAUAGAGCAGAGCUGUUCCCCUCUCAACUGGCGCUAAGCAGCUACUAUCAUUUGCUUUAUUAUGCUUUCCGACCCUCGCUGCCCUAUCACCAUGUCGAUGUCAUCUGGGAGGAAUACGUGGCUGCUCCAUCUGCAAACGUUCUUUGUGCCUAUCCAGCCGUAAGUGAUAUCACGGCGCUUGUUGUGGCGAACUUGCUCUGGAGCUCACAAGCAAAGGUAUGGACUGAGACUCGGAUUACCGACAAUGCAAGGAUGGGGGUGGAAGAGCUUCCGUCUCUGGAGUCUCGGUGGGUACGCGCGAGAGUAAGCCUUGUUCUUGCUGUGUUUGAGUCCCUUCUCAGGAAUUCUGCUUGGGAUCGCGAAUCAAUCGAUAAAUCGAACAUUGCCAUCGCCUGGAGAGCACUGGCAAGCGCGCUCUCGUUUGCUUCAAGCAAGGAGAUCACUCCUUCCGGCGAGUCCAUGCAGGCCGUUGCUAGUGUUCUCGGCUUGCUCCAUCGGAUUUGGGCUGCAGGACCAGGAGCACUAAACGCUGAGGGCGAAGAUGCAUGGGACGCAUUCAUGGAGAUCUUUCUUUUUUUGUCAACGACGAUGAUCUCAUCUCUGGGUGGAGUGCCUUUCACCGAGAAAGUCAUGCUACAGACCGAGGACGGCGCCUUCCAGACCUCCAGUACUCCGACGCACCGUCCAUCUUCCUUGACGAACAAUCUGAAUACUCCCAUCAUCCACUUGCUGCGCAUGAUCAGCAGUGAAUCUGCUACAGUGCCAUCGAUCCCAUCGUACGCUCGACUUGUGGGCAGAUUGAUCGAGACGUCUUGCGACGCAAGGAUCUCUCGAGGGUCACGUCUCGAGCUUCUUGGUCAAUGUGCUGAAAUGAGCGUGAAGAGCUUAGCAGCCUCGACUAGUGCGCCACAUUUAGCGGAGAAAAUCUGGUCUGGAACAGCACAAGCAGUAUCACGAGCUUUGAGAUCUCUCCCAGUCGACUCUGCGCGCGAGCGCGAUGCUGUCACAGCUCGCGACUAUGAGAUCAUACUCAACAUACUCUUGGCUGGUAUGACCUAUUUUCCAAAUUCAUGUUCCGACUGGUCAUGUCUGUUGGGAGAGCUUGUAAAUUUGGUCAAGACAGAGAAAGGCGACGGCGCUUGCGCGAAUUUGGUUGUGGAACCAAUUGCGCGCCGUUUGUCUGCACUGCCCAUUCUUGACACUUACGUGCCCAUCAGUUCUCUACUCUCGCAUUGCCUCGCCAUUCCUAUUGCUACCCCCGCUGAAGUGGGAGUCGAGAAAUCUGAUACGGAUCUAACCAAGGAAGCACGGUUUCCUCACGAUCUUCUGACGGCUAUGACGCGUAGUUUAGAUCUAGGCUACCAUAAGCUGUCCCACUCAAAAGAGCCUCACGUUGCUACCUUCAUUGAAUCUGUGGCUUCAUUCUUGGUCUCUGGGUCUCAAGCGUGUCGUAUUCAGGCGGCUAAGGUGCUCCAGUCACCACUAGCACUUUGGAUUGCAGAUGCAGAGAGCAAGCUGUUUGCUUCACGCGGGGUGAACAGUCAGCUUGUUUUGGCAUGCCACGCGCUCUCAACUUCUCUCCUCAACACCCUUCGCCCCAUGACCAUUGACGGCUACUCCUCUUUACAACACUUCGAACCCGUUAUCUGCGCCGGCUUAAAUUCUAUACAUUCCAUAAUAUCCCAGCAAUUUGUCGACUUCAUCGGUUCAGCAGAAACAAUUACAGAGUCACUCAUCGAGCAUACACCAAUGGGUCAAGCUCUGUCGGUUGCAACCGCGAGGCUGGCAAAUCGUGCCUCGUCGCCAGAUCUUGAAAGCCAGUCCUCGAACUCCGUCGUCGACUCUCAUGACCAACUUCAUGAGUCAGCGACUGAUGACUGCAGCCAGGAGAGCGUCGAACAAACCACAAACCUUGAACUUUCAUCUAACAUUGAUCUGAAUGAUCAUGUUAUGCCACCCCCCACGGAGCUGAACGAGCCUCAACUACCCGCCUAUCCUGGCUCAGAAGGAGGAGGCUCGGAGGCACCGUUGGCCACUCGAAAGAGUAGACGACAGAGUCAACGGGAAAUGUUCCGCAUGAUUGAAUCCAUUCGAUCUUCUUCGCCGGCGAAUGAUCCUGGUAAGUCAGGGUUUGAUACACCAAAGCACCUUCAUAGACUACAUCUGCGGUCUGGGGUUCCAUUAACUCCAACCUUGGCUCCAGCGGAGAACGAGGAAGGUUUCAUCGGAUCAUCCCCCACACCAGCCACGCGUGAUCAGACACCGACAGCGAGACCAGAGCUAUUGGGAAGAAAGCGUCUUGCCAGCAUGAACAACAACGCGUCAGAUGUGCCAUCCUCCCCACCCGAGGUCAGAUCCAAGAGUCCGAGCCCCAAAAAGCCUUCCAGCUCAUCUCGGCGAGCGAAGCGGAGAAAGCUCCUGCAUUCGAGUCUUGCUGCAAACGCCAAGAGCAAAGAGCCCGCAAACUCGAUUGAUGCUAGACCCCCUAGCCGUCGUACUCGGUCAUCGCAAGCUUCAAUUACUGCUGCUGUCGAUCAGUCGGAAGCUGUUUUGGCUCCAAGUGCGACGUCCGCCAGCCCGGCUGGAUUGGAGGACCAAGGCGGAGCUCCAAAAAGCGAGCAGUCCAAGUCCUCAUCCAACAAGCGAAAGAGAAACGGGAGUAUGAAGUCAGCUGAGCAAGAGCAGGUGCAGCCUGUGCAAGUGGCCUCGACACCAGUGGUGCCAGACGAGCAUGCCGACUCUUCUAGCGAGGACUUGGAAUCCCAGGUCGCUUCCCAGAUCGAGCAAGAUAUGGAGCUUGUCGUUGACAUGCUCAUGAGCGUCUCUCCUUCUGAAUCUGAGGUUGGGAAGUCUGCAACAAAGAAGAGAAAGCGUGAAGACGAACAUGCCAAGGCCACUGUUCCCGACAGGCGACGCUCAACCCGUCUAUCGACCGCGAACGAGGCCACAGGUAUGGAAACCGAGGAGGCUGGGCCUAGCCGUUUGCCUACGGCGACAAGCUCCCAGCCUUCGGACAAUCGGUCUGCAUCAAGUCUGUCGCCGACCAUGACGCGUCGCGUGACCCGCAGCUCCCAAAAGCGGGAGAAUGAACUCCUCGCCAUUGACUCGAAGCUGGAGACUGAAGAUUUGGGCACUAAGCAGGAGCUGACUGAAGACAGCAUUUCUUCACAGCCGAUUGCAAAGGAGUCUCGCAGAUCAGUCCACUUCAAAGAUGAGGCUGCACGUCCUGUGAGGGCAGUGGACGCUCCGCGGAGCAAAGCGUCACGCAGCUCCCGUUCUCACAAAUCGCGUUCUUCCCACACUGAGCUGAGAUCCCCUCCCGUCUCAUCUCAUAGUGAGCGUGGUUUCUCUCAAAAUCAACUCGACGAUGAACCAGCGUCAGUUGCAGCUGCGUCAAUGGACGCUUUAGCCAGUGGGGGCACUGAUGCCUCGGUGAACAGUUCUCUUCAAAAGUCUGAGCAAGGGGCACUGUCGCCUGUCUUCAUGUCCACCGAGGAGGCAUCAAAGGUGCCAGCCACUGGACUGGACUCUGUCCACUCAGCGAGGUCUCAGGGCAUUGACUUCCGAGGAUCAAUGGAAGUCAACACAAUGCCUGAGUCCAUUACAGCGGAGGAAGUUAGUCUAACUCUCGACUUUGCCACCGUUGCGGUUCAAACAGAACCAGUGCUCCCUACCCGUCACUCAGACAAUAGUGAGGCGGGUAUUACCCAAUCUCUGAGAGAUCUCCUCUCCGAAAUCAAGACCGCAAGCUUGGGACCCAAUGCUUUGCGUGAGAUUGACGAUCUUCUCUUUCACAUCCGCGUCGAAGCUCACGAAGCCUCUCGGCGCCACAAUUCUUCUGCAUAG